UUGUUGAGUUUCUGAUUGGGCAUUUCUAAGAUCACAAUGCUGCUCUCUUUGGAGCUCUCACUAUUGUCAUCGUUGCAGAUCUUAUACGAAAUUUUCAUUUUAAAUCAGGGUAGUAAAAGAGAAGGAUUCUCCAAAACAAUAGUUGCAGAGAUUUGAGUCAUUCAAGUAAUGGGCUCUCAUUCCGGAUGACCUUCCUCUUGUUCUUCACCUCUAGAUUAAGAUUUCGAGCCUCUCACAUACCUAUCGUCUGGUUUCACGAUCAUGCUUUUAGAGGUCCUUACCCUAAACCCAUAUCGGAGAACCACCAUGAUGCUUGGAUCAUUAAGGUCGUAUGUGCUCUCUGUGUGCAUUCAUCGUCUCUGGAUUCUUGCUUUUAUUAUUUCAGUAAGGUCUUGAAUCCUUCAAUUGCCUAUGAGGUCAUUAAACGCUUGAACAAUCCGAAGUUGGCUUUGAAAUUGUUUGAAUAUAGUAGAGUGGAGUUGAAGCUCCAUCAUUCUGUCAAAACUUAUAAUUUUCUAGUGAAGUCCCUGUGUCAAGUGGGACUCCAUGAUUCGGCAAAAUUGGUUUUUGAUUGCAUGAGAAGAGAUGGGCAUUUUCCUGAUAGCUUCAUAUUGGGAUUUUUUGUAUCUUCAUGUGCACAAGUGGGUAAGUUCAGUAUAUCCAAAGAAUUGCUUUCUCAAACUCAAGGCAGUGGGAGAAGUGUGAAUCCAUUCUUAUGUAAUAAACUAUUGGAUCACUUGGUAAAAAGUAAUCGGGUGGAUGAGGCUGUUUGUCUCUUUAGAGAGCUUCUGAAGUCCUGUUUCUAUCCAGAUACUUGUACUUUUAAUAUUUUAAUCAGAGGCUUGUGCAGAUUAGGAGAAGUAGAUAAGGGUUUUGAGUUUUUCAAUGACAUGGGCAAUUUUGGAUGCUGUCCUGAUGUUGUUACCUAUAACACGCUUAUAAACGGAUUGUGUAAGGCUAGUGAGGUAGAUAGAGGGCAUGGAUUGUUAAAGGAAAUUCAGUUGAAGCACAAUUUUUCACCAGAUGUUGUGACUUACACAUCGGUCAUAUCAGGUUACUGCAAGUUGGGAAGGAUGGAAGAAGCUUCUAAUCUUUUUGAUGAGAUGGUUUUUUCUGGAAUAAAAGCAAAUUUGAUUACUUAUAAUACUCUUAUUGAUGGCUUUGGUAAGGCUGGUGAUAUGGGGUCAGCAGUGGCAAUAUAUGAGAAGAUGCUUCUUCAGGGAUAUCUUCCUGAUGUGGUUACAUUCAGUUCCUUGAUUGAUGGUUACUGUCGAAGUGGACAGGUUGAUCAGGGUUUGAAGCUUUGGCAUGAAAUGGGCACACAAAAUCUUUCACCGAAUGAAUAUACUUAUGCUAUUCUCAUCAAUGCUUUUUGUAAAGAGAAUAGGCUAAAUGAAGCUCGUGAAUUUUUGAGGCAGUUGGAGUGGAGGAAUAUUAUUACCCAACCGUUUAUGUACAACCCUGUGGUUGAUGGUUUCUGCAAGGCCGGCAAUGUAGAUGAGGCGAAUUUGAUUGUGACAAAAAUGGAGGAAAAGCAAUGCAACCCAGAUAAAUUGACAUUUACUAUUCUAAUAAUUGGGCAUUGUAUGAAAGGGAGAAUGAAUGAAGCGAUCAGUAUUUUCCAUAAGAUGUUAACUACUGGUUGUAUCCCAGAUACCCUUACUGUCAAUUCUUUGAUAUCUCGCCUUCUGAAAGCUGGCAUGCCUAAUGAAGCAAAUCAGAUUGUUCUUACUGUGUUGGAGAAGAACAUAGGGUUGGAUUUAUCAUCUUCGGCGAAAACCCUUGGCCAAAUGGGGAUUCCAGUGGCUAUUUAGUAGAGAGAUUGAGCUAAAGUGUCCCUGACCCUGAAGUUGAUGAUCUCAAUGCUUGCCUGGAGGUCCCUGUAUCAUUACAUAUGAAGUACUUCAGUUUGUGGAUGUAAUUAUAGACUUGAUGUAUAACAGAAACAGGGAGAAAAGGGAAGUAUUGGGAGAUAAAAUUCUACAUGAAGUUAUUUUGGUAACUUUUGGAUACCUACUAUUGAAGUUGUGGCAAUUCUACCCUUUUUUUUGUACAUAGAUUUACUUUAACUCGUAAUAUGUCAGGAGCUAUGGACUAUAGCUAAUUUGUUGAUCAGAACCAUGGCUUCUAGUAAGCUUCAUUCCCGGAAUACCUCCCACACAUGAAGGCUCCAUGAGGUGGUGAUCUGAAAUAUGUAACAUUCAGGU